AUCGCGGUGUUUCCCGCUGCAGAUUAUCUCUGCGGAGCGAUGCCGACACCAAUUUGCCCUUCCAAUUGUUCGCUAGCUCGCGUCUGCUGAAUGCCAUUGGGUGUUCCCGCCAAGCGCUCGUUGUCGGAUCGAGCAAAAGGAGUAGAGCAAGGAGAUCUCGCGCAAACCACAACGACCGCAAUUAGAGCUACGCUGCUUUCCCCCCCCCCGUCCACAGCGGACAAGGACAUCGAACCGAUUCCCCCUAUUCCAGUAUGUGCGCCGCUGUCAGCCGCCUAUAACCACGAACAUCGCUCAUUGAGUAGCCUUUGCCCAAACUCUAGGUGUAUUUGAUCCCCGAGAUGCCCUCUUUCCUGACCGACGAAAAUUCGGCAAUCUACUCGCAAACCUCGGGCGUCGUGCACUUGGACCCAGCGAGCCGCUACGGCCUCUCCCACGGAAAAGUCAAUGGACACAUCCCACGCCAGCCACACUCACACACGUCAAGUGAGAGCUUUGACGAGGCCUCGACAAACUCGACUCACACCUCUGACGUGUCUGACACACGGCCGCAGGCAAAUGAGGACUGGUCGCAGCCGUUAAGCAUGAAUACGCUGCAGAAUGGAAGUCCAGCCGGAGGCGUGAACGGCGUAAACAGGAAGGCGCUGCCAAACGCCAUCUCUACAACCUUGGCAGAUCUGACGGUCCCGUUGCCGGUCUCGGCACAAAAGGUGAACGGAGAUGGGUCGCCCGCACCGAGCUCUAGGGAUGCAGGUCUACGUACCUCCCUUAUUUCUAGCCCAGGGGCUUCCAUGCCGCACUCGCCGGUCGAUAUGGACCUGCAGUCGGGAAAUAAGGGGGAUGCUCGCCCCACUGAGAACGGUGUUCCUCCUUCGUCGGCAUCUCCCUCACAGGGGGUUUUUAUGGGACUUCCGGCUGUCAGUUCGUCUUCAUUGGCUACUGGAACAGUCCCAGACUCGGGUCAGAAGGCCCAGCACGCACCGCACCGAUAUUCCUCCCCCCCGGUGUUCAACCCUGCCGGGACAAAUCCCACUUCUUCUGGUGCCUUGCUACCGCCAGGCGGCGGGCUCAAACAUCGUCACACGCUAGAGGUGCCCAAGGCUGCCUCAACUCGUGGCUCGCGCGAGGGCGCAGACACUGGCUUUUCGAGUGGCCGGUUCUCGCCUACCUCCGCUGUUGGGGGUGGACGGAGGCCUUCGCUUAGUUUGGCUAGAAGAAACACGCGAUCGAUUCAUUCGGAUAUGCCACGCGACGAGGUUGUGCCAGACGAAGAUGCCCUGCGGUGGGCAGAGGCGUACAGGCAAAAAAGGGCCAGCAAGCGAAGGAGGAGAGAGAUCGAGGAUGACGACAGAGUCCUGGUUGGGACGAAGGUGGACGAGACACAUGCGAACUGGGUGACUGCCUACAAUAUGCUCACCGGUAUUCGUGUUGCCGUGUCAAGAACCAAUGCGAAACUCGAUCGCCCGUUGACUGACGUGGAUUUUCAAGUCAAGCAGAAGUCCACUUUCGAUAUUGCUGGAAACGAGCUGGUUCCAUCAGCCAAGUAUGACUUCAAGUUUAAGGACUACGCUCCCUGGGUCUUCCGCCAUCUGCGCGCUCUCUUUCGACUGGAUCCGGCAGACUAUCUCAUGUCACUGACUGGCAAGUAUAUUCUGUCGGAACUUGGAUCUCCGGGAAAGAGCGGAAGCUUUUUCUACUUCUCCCGUGAUUACAAGUACAUCAUCAAGACAAUCCACCACGCCGAGCACAAGUUUCUCCGCAAGAUAUUGAAGAAUUAUUACCAGCACGUCACUGAAAAUCCCAACACUCUUCUCUCCCAGUUCUAUGGGCUUCAUCGAGUCAAAAUGCCUUAUGGGAAAAAGAUUCACUUUGUUGUCAUGAACAACCUAUUCCCUCCGCACAGGGACAUCCACCAGACGUUCGACCUGAAGGGCUCGACCAUUGGCCGAGACUUCAAAGAAGACGACCUAGAGAAGAACCCCAGAGCCACAUUGAAAGACUUGAACUGGUUACGGCGGAACCAGCAUCUUGAGCUUGGCAUCCAGAAGAAGCAACUCUUCCUCAGCCAACUAUACCGGGACGUUUCUUUGUUGCAAAAAUUGCAGAUCAUGGAUUACUCCCUUUUAAUAGGUAUUCACGACCUUGAGAGGGGUAACGAAGAGAACCUGCGAGGCAAGACUCUCCGCGUUUUUAAUCCAGGGGGGGACGUGCCUGAUGAUUCAGAUCCUCAUUCGGUCCUCAUGCGAACCCCAUCAAAACUGGAAAGCCAACGCAAAGCGAGAGAGUUGCGGCAAAUGAUCAAGGCUGAGAGACCAGUUCCAAUGGGCGAGACAAGUAGCCGGAUGCCCGAUGAGCUCGGAGAAGGACAUAACCGGCCUGGGUUCGUUUUCAACCAAGACGAUGGUGGAUUCCGAGCUACCCACGAAGACAAUCACCCGGGAGACGAAAUUUACUACCUGGGAGUAAUUGACUGCCUUACUCACUAUGGAAUUAUCAAGAAAUUAGAGCAUUUUUGGAAGGGUCUCUCCAGCGAUAGUCAUCAAAUAUCUGCUCUCCCACCACACGAAUACGGCGAAAGGUUCCUGAACUUCAUUUCUGGUAUUACUAUGUCCCCGGAGGAAGCAACUAGAGCGGCCCAGGAAAAGGAUGCGGCGGCAGCGGCAGCGGCAGCAGAAGCAGAGGCGGCGGCGGCGGCGGCGGCGGCGGCGGCGGCGACGUUGGACGACCCACAACCAGCAGGUGGCUGGAGCAAUAGUACUCGCCACCGCUCGUCAAACGCUAUUCCUCCCGUUCCAAACUACCGGCCUCCUUCGCCUCCUUCACCCCUGUCAGCAAGGAUAGCGGUGCCAGACUUGGGAACCGCAGCGGAACGGGCCGAACACGAGACCCGAAAAACGGAGGCUCGUACGACAGAGGACGAUAUGCCUGAAAGGACACUAAGGACUUUGGCCAUUAGUCCUCCGGUCGGCGGCUCAGGAUCUUCCAAGCAUGGCCACCUUUCCGCUGCCUCGGCAGCUGAACGGAGAGAGUCGGCUCUUGCGAGUCAAGCUACUAUUCUGCCAGUCUUGGAGGAGGCUGCAGAAGGUGGCUCGACUGGAGAUCGUAGUCGGAAUAGCCAUGCCAGCAGCGGAGAUGACAUCAGGCCAUUGACACCAGUUAAGGAUGGGGUGGAAAUAGAGCCAGGAUUUGGUCACCCCGUACUCGGAGGACAUGUCAACGGUAACAAAGGGCGUCCGCCACCCACUCCGCCCAAGACGGGACAUGGGUACAAUAUACUUCUGAAGCCAGAAAGCGCUGACAGCGGGUACGGGGUCGGCAACGCUGCAGGAAAUGGCGCGGGCCUGAGGAGCGCUUCUGGGUCUCAGAAGUCGCUCAAUGUUCGAUCACAGCUCAGUCGAGACAGUCUGGACAAGGCUCUACCUCCGCUCCCCAAUGCCGACCUCGCGUCGUCCCAAAACGUGUCGUAGGGCGAUGACACUGUGGCGACGCUUGACGAUCCUGGAGCUACCUUGCCGAGGGAAAGUGCAAGACAUUCUGAGGAAGAAUUGGCACAGAAACGGUGGGAGUUGGUUCGUCUUCGGUUUUUAGAGACAAUACCAUCCACCUUUCGUCCAGGUGACAACACCGACUACAAUCAAGGCAGCCUUGACUAGAGACGAGUUUGAAGACCGACGCGUGGACGGGGAAAGAAGAAAGCUGAGAGGCAGGCAAG